UGUGUGUGAGUAUUAGUUUUAGCCAAUGGCCUCCACUUGCACACCCCACCUUGUUCUAUGCCUUGUAUUGGUUCUAUCAUUCAUCAAUUCCUCCCUUCAAGAUUACUACACCCCGGACAGGCAAAAUAUGAAUGUAAUCGACUCUUGCUGGCGGAGGAGGUCUAACUGGGCCGCCAACCGCCGCGCCCUGGCCGAUUGUGCCAUCGGCUACGGCAACGACGCAAUCGGAGGGAAAUUUGGAACCAUCUACGUAGUCACCGACCCCUCCGAUAACCCAUCAAACCCAAAACCAGGAACUCUACGCUACGGCGUGAUCCAAACCAAGCCGCUAUGGGUUGUGUUCGCAAAGAAUAUGGUCAUUGUGCUGAAAAAUGAGCUGAUGGUGAACAGUUUCAAGACCAUCGACGGACGUGGGGUUAAAGUUGAAAUUGCGUACGGGCCUUGCAUUACGGUGCAAGGGGUGAGCCAUGUUAUUAUUCAUGGAAUCAGCAUCCACGAUUGCAAGCCUGGCAAGCCUGGGCUCGUUAGAGACACCGUUACGCACGUGGGAGAACGUCACGGCAGUGACGGUGAUGCCAUUGCUAUAUUCUCUUCUUCCCACGUGUGGAUUGAUCACUGCUUUUUGGCUCGCUCCAGUGAUGGUCUCAUUGAUGUCAUUCAUGCUUCCACUGCUGUCACCAUCUCCAAUAACUACUUCUCCCAACAUGACAAAGUGAUGCUGCUUGGGCAUAAUGAUGGGUUCACUGAUGAUAAAAUUAUGAGAGUCACCAUCGUCUUCAACCGCUUCGGCGCUGGCCUCAUCGAGAGAAUGCCGAGGGUUAGGUUUGGUUAUGCCCAUGUUGCCAACAAUAGAUACGAUGAGUGGAAGAUGUAUGCGAUUGGUGGAAGUGCAAACCCCACAAUCUUCAGCGAAGGAAACUACUUUGUGGCUCCCCAAAAUUCUAAUGCCAAGCAGGUUACGAAGAGGGAAGUUAAUAAUGGGUGGAAGAAUUGGAAAUGGAGAUCCUCUAGAGAUGUGUUCUUAAACGGUGCUUAUUUUGUGCAAUCUGGAUGGGGAAGUUGCAGCCCCAUUUACAGCAGAGCUCAGUCUUUUCCGGUGGCUCCAGGCUCUAUGGUUCCCGCUUUGACUGCAAAUGCUGGCCCUCUUCCUUGUAUUGUUGGCAAAUCUUGCUGAUUAAU